AUGGCGUUCCUGGCCGGGCCGCGCCUGCUGGACUGGGCCAGCUCGCCGCCGCACCUGCAGUUCAACAAGUUCGUGUUGACCGGCUACCGGCCGGCCAGCAGCGGCUCGGGCUGCCUGCGCAGCCUCUUCUACCUGCACAACGAGCUGGGCAACAUCUACACGCACGGGCUGGCCCUGCUGGGCUUCCUGGUGCUGCUGCCAAUGACCAUGCCCUGGGGUCAGCUGGGCAAGGAUGGCUGGCUGGGAGGCACACACUGUGUGGCCUGCCUGGCACCACCUGCGGGCUCUGUGCUCUACCAUCUCUUCAUGUGCCACCAAGGGGGCAGCCCUGUGUACUCUCGGCUCCUGGCCCUGGAUAUGUGCGGGGUCUGCCUCGUCAACACCCUCGGGGCCCUGCCCAUCAUCCACUGCACCCUGGCCUGCAGGCCCUGGCUGCGCCCCGCCGCCCUGGUGGGCUACACCUUGCUGUCAGGUGUGGCUGGCUGGAGGGCCCUCACCGCCCCCUCCACCAGUGCCCGUCUCCGAGCGUUUGGUUGGCAGGCUGGAGCCCGCCUCCUGGUGUUUGGGGCCCGGGGAGUGGGACUGGGCUCCGGAGCUCCAGGCUCCCUGCACUGUUACCUGCGCAUGGAUGCCCUCGCCCUGCUCGGGGGGCUGGUGAACGUGGCCCGUCUGCCAGAGCGCUGGGGACCAGGCCGCUUCGACUACUGGGGCAACUCACACCAGAUCAUGCACCUGCUCAGUGUGGGCUCCAUCCUGCAGCUGCACGCGGGCGUCGUGCCCGACCUGCUCUGGGCCGCCAGCCACGCCUGUCCCCCAGACUGA